AUGUUUAAGGUUCUGGUUCUGGUAGGAUUUGUUGGGGCAGCGUUGGCUGAGCACGCGUUUUCUUCCCAGCAUAUCCACAAACACGACGGACACCACGAAACUGUACACCACGGACACGGACAUGAGCAUCACUACGAUUAUCAUACUCAUCCCAAAUAUGAGUUCGAGUACAAAGUAGAGGACCACCACACUAAGGACCACAAGAGUCAGCACGAGUCUCGCGACGGUGACGCCGUGAAGGGAUACUACGCGCUGCAUGAACCUGACGGUUCCGAGAGACAUGUCCACUACCACGGCGACAAACACAGCGGAUUCCACGCAGACGUGAAGCACAGCACGCAUCAUAUUUACCACCAUCAUCAUUAG